CUGGUUUUAUUUAUUGUGACUUUUACUCGACCUCGCUGUCAGAUUGUAGAUUUGUCUGCACACUCACUUCAAAAAAAAAUAAGACAUGCAAGGUUUUUCACAUUGCUUUUGUUUUUGUUGGAGCUGUACUGUUUAGUUAGCCAACUAAGUAGCCAGUUAGUUUGCAGCAAUGUCAACGUGGCGAGGGCUGCAUGUGAAUCUGCGGAAGGCACAUGGAUUAUUUACAGUUUCCUCCAGGCACACAUGGAAGUAUGGACAUUUAACGUUAUGCAAAAGCCUGAGUACUGGAAGAGCUCUCCGGAAUGACUUCUUCAAAGAUCUGGAAGCCCAGCUGGCCGCUGCGAGGCAGAAGGCGUUGGACGCUCUGCCGGGGAGCGGCUGGAGCCCGGUGGAGAUGAACCGGGGGCUCCCACCAGAGAGGACAGACGUUGUGAUCGUUGGAGGCGGCGUGAUUGGCUGGUCUGUCGCUUACUGGAUCAAGCAGAAGGAGAAGCGGCGAGGUGGGGUGAACGUCGUGGUGGUGGAGAAGGACCCAACGUAUUCGCAGGCCUCCACCGUGCUUUCUGCAGGAGGCAUCCGACAGCAGUUCUCCCUGCCCGAGAACAUCUGCCUCUCCCUGGCCUCCGCAGAAUUCAUGAAGAACAUCAAUGAACACCUCCACGUGUUGAAUGAAGACCCGGUGGACCUCCAGUUCAACCAAUCGGGAUACCUCUUCCUGGCCAACGAGGAAGUGGCUCACAUCAUGGAGGAGAACUACAAAACCCAGAGGACCGCCGGAGCCAAGGUUUCCCUUCUCUCUGCGACGCAGUUAAAGGAGAAGUUUCCGUGGAUAAACACGGAGGGCGUCGCGCUCGCUUCAUACGGGCUGGAGAACGAGGGCUGGUUCGACCCCUGGACGCUGCUGCAGGCCUUCAAGAGGAAGGCCCUCUCUAUGGGGGUCGUGCAGUGCUUAGGAGAGGUCACAGAUUUUAAAUACACAUCAAACAUUGCCAGAAACGCCCAAGGUGAUCAAGUGGCUCAAAGGAGGGUCAGAUCUGUCAAAGUGCAGGUGAGUAACAGUCUGGAGUUCCAGCCCAUCGAGUGCGCCCUGGUGGUGAACGCAGCCGGAGCUUUUUCUGGUACAGUGGCCGCCAUGCUGGGAAUCCCACUUCCUGUGGAGCCGCGCAAAAGGUACAUCUAUGUGGUGAACUGUCCUGACGGUCCCGGUCUGGACACUCCCUUCCUGAUCGAUUACUCUGGAGUUUGGUUCAGGAGAGAAGGGUUAGGAGGAAACUACAUCGCUGGGACUUCACCAGAGGAGGCGUUGGAGCCGGACACCAGUAACCUGGAGGUGGACCACCAGUUCUUUGAGGAGAAGGUCUGGCCCCACCUGGCCUCUCGGGUCCCAGCCUUAGAGAAACUGAAGGUGACGAGUUCGUGGGCGGGUUUCUACGACUACAACACCUUCGAUCAGAACGGCAUCAUCGGCCUCCACCCGCUCAUCAACAACAUGUUCUUUGCGACGGGCUUCAGCGGGCACGGCCUGCAGCACUCGCCCGCCGUGGGCCGGGCCGUCGCCGAGCUCAUCAUGGAGGGAGACUUCACCUCGUUAAACCUCAGCAACCUCGGGUUCAGACGCAUCCUCCAGCAGGAGCCCAUGCUGGAGAGGAACAUCGUGUAGAGGACUCGCUUACACCCUGCUACGAUAGAGCCGCGUUGUUGUUGUUGUUGUUGUUGUUGUUGUUGUUAUGGUAUGGUAAAGGGACUUCUUUUAUGUAGCGCUUCUCCAGCCUCUGCGACCCCUUCAGAAGUCAGCAUUCACCCAAUCACACACAUUCAUGCAGAGGCAAGGCUAACAUGCAAGGUGCCUACUGCUCACACACACACACACACACACACACACACACACACACACACACACACAGCUGGCCAUCAGGAGCUAUUUUGGGUUACGUUUCUCAGCCAAAGUUACAUGGACAUGUUGACUGCAGGAGCUGGGAAUCAAACUGGCGACCUCCUGAUUGGCUGCUUCCACCUAUAUACCUGUGUGUAUAUAUUCGGGCUCUAAUUGAUCUGUUUAUUUAAAUGAUUAUAUGCUUUGUGAAUAAUUCAUUUCAAUUGACGGCCCUAAUUCAUAUAAAGUAUAUAUAUUACUUUGCUCUUCAAAAUAUGACCUUCAGUAAAGACGAUGAUAAUGAGAGACGUUUCCUAUGUUUACCCAAAAUAAGCUGCAUCUGUUUUUACUGUUGACUUUUGACAUGUAUUUUAUAAAUAUUGUCCUUGUC